AACAUCUCUAAAUUCAUUUUCUGUAGUGUUUAUUGAUGUUCACUGAAUAAUAUCCAUUUUGUUUGAAAAAAUCAAGUAUUAAUCACCAAAUAAUUUCAUAGGGUAUUUUUAAAUAAGUUCAAGUUGAUAAUCGUUUCCGAAAAAGUUAAUUAAUGAUGAAGUUAGUUGAUCAGGUUGUUAGAAGUUUUAAGGUUGCGAAGGUGUUUCGAGAAAAUACAGACAAAAUAAAUAGUAUAGAUUUUUCCCCUAGUGGAGAAACAUUAAUUUCUUGUAGUGAAGAUGAUCAAAUUGUUAUAUACGACUGCGAUAAGGGUACACAAAUGAUAACGGUAAACAGUAAAAAAUAUGGUGUUGAUUUGAUACAUUUUACACAUGCAAAGAAUACAGCAAUCCACAGUUCUACAAAAGUUGACGACACAAUACGAUAUUUGUCGCUUCAUGACAAUAAAUACAUUCGAUAUUUUCCAGGACACACGAAAAAAGUAGUAACGCUAUGUUUGUCACCUGUAGUAGAUACUUUUUUAUCAGGUUCCUUGGAUAAAACACUUCGAUUAUGGGAUCUGCGAUCACCAAAUUGUCAAGGGUUAAUGCAUUUGUCAGGAAGACCAGUGGCAGCCUAUGAUCCUGAAGGUCUUAUAUUUGCUGCAGGUGUUAACUCAGAGAGCAUUAAAUUAUAUGAUCUCCGUUCAUUUGACAAAGGACCUUUUGUGACAUUUAAAUUGAAUCAAGAAAAGGAAUGUGAUUGGACUGGCCUAAAGUUCUCCCGAGAUGGUAAAACAAUGUUAAUCAGCACCAAUGGUUCAAUCAUCCGACUAGUAGAUGCUUAUCAUGGAACUCCUCUUCAGACAUUCACUGGACAUCUUAAUAAUAAAGGAAUACCUAUUGAAGCCUCAUUUAGUCCUGACUCACAGUAUAUAUUUAGUGGGUCAACAGAUGGUAGAGUCCAUGUUUGGAACGCUGAUACUGGUUAUAAAGUUUGUGUUUUGAAUGGAGACCACCCAGCACCUAUACAGUGUGUUCAAUUUAAUCCUAAAUAUAUGAUGUUAGCUUCAGCAUGUACAAAUAUGGCAUUCUGGUUGCCAACUAUAGAUGAUGUUUGAAUUAACUGAUUAUUAAUUUAAAUAAUUUGGUAAUAUUGUGAGAAAACAAAUUAAAAUUUAGAAAAUUUAAUGUGACUGUAUUUUCAGUGUUAUUCUUCUAAGGGCUAAGUAUAUUUUACUAUGUAAUACUGUAUUAAUGUACCAAUAACAUUAAAAUGUUAUAUAAAUAAUUGAAAUAGAAGAGUUUAACUGAUGCUCAAAAACAUACUAUUCACUAUAUGUUGUGAUUGAUUCUACAACAUCAUUUUUUAUCUGUAAAACUAGAAUUUAAAUCUGAUAUUAUAGUAUAAUCAUUAACUUGCAAAACAAGAAAAAAUAUAUGAAGGAUAAAGAUAAUAAAAUAAAAAUUCUUUAAAUGUAUUACAAGCGCCAUGUCACAAUACAUUUAGUCACAUGUGUGUCAUCACUAGUGAAGAUUUAUUUAGAUUGUGAUAAAAAUUAUUUGUGGCCAAUUGUGUUUGUGAUGAAAUGCCUUUAUAAAGAACCACUUUUGUUACAAACUGCAUGUGUAUAUUUUUUUGAAUUAUUGAUCCAUCGAGGUUCUGAUGUUUUUGUCAAUGUCAAGUUGGAAAAUACACUGCAAUUUUAUUGGUGAUGUGAUAAGAUUCAUUGAAUAUCUAAAAACAGGAAAAACACAAACAUUGAAGACAAUACAAUAUAAAUAAAAUAGUUAUUUAAAUAGGGAGAUAAUAUAACUAUUAUUAAUUUUUAUCUACUACUUGUACAGGAGAUUUUUCCAGAAAAAUGGUUUAUGAUCAUUAAAAAGAGAUAUUAUAAUUUUUUUUUUUUUUUUGACAGAAAUUUAAAUAGAAAUUUAUGGAACAUAUACAAGAUGAGAAAGUACUAAAGUUAGACCAAAUGUUUAAAUGAGUAAAUGUGUUUGUCACAUGUAAUGCCAUUAAAUUUAGUUUUUUCAAUUACCUUUUUUUUUACAACACAGGGGGCAAACGAGCAUGCGGCUCACCUGAUGGUAAGUGAUUACCGCCACCCAUGGUCACCUACAACACCUACGGCAUUGCAUUUAAAUUUAUGAUAUUAAUUUAAUUUGAAAUUAUAUAUAGUGUAUUUAGUCUAUAAGAAAUUCACCUCCCUAUAGUGUAAAUUUUAAAUAAAUUUUUUAAAUAAAUUUAUGGAAUGGCACUUCAGAAUGAACUCCUUAUGUUUCACAAUCAUUUUUAUGUUCAUGUUAGGAAUGUUCAUUUUGUUUUUCAAAAAAUUUUGUGUCUAUAGUGAAAUUAUAUGAAAGAAAAAAAAGAAUAUUUUCAGUGUUUGUGUGUGUACCUAUGUAUAUAUGAGUUUUUCUAUCCCACAACAAAUUUUAAAUAUUUGAACAGAUUUACAUAUAUCUGAUAUAGUUAAGAUAUUUACAUUAUCCCUGGUAACACUGGCUCUACAUUGUUUAAAAAUAGUUUAUUUCUAGGAUAAUCAUCUUUUAUAAAUAAUGUACUUGUGUUCCAAUAGAACUUAUAAAAAAUUAAAUUAGAAUUUGUUGAAAUUGUCACAGAAACACUGUCUAAAUAAAAUAAAUUAAAAUGAU